AUGCUGGUGGAACAUAAGGAAGCUUGCCAGCAUAUGACAUGUCGCUGCGGCGCCGAGUUCUGCUACGUAUGCGGUCAGAUCUGGCGGUCCUGUAGCUGCACGAUGGAGCAGCUGGCUGUUAUCAAAGCAAUCGCCGAGCGCCGAGCCAGACAACGACUGGAGGCGCAAGAGCGAGAGCUCAGGGAAGCACGAGAGUUGGAGGAAGCGCUGCAGCAGAUCGCGGAACUGGAGAAGGAGGAAGAGCGCAAGAAGGAAUUAGCACGACAGGAGCGGGAGCGCAGGUACAAGGAGUUUGUGGGACGGAAAUACCUUGAGCUCAGAGACACCCUCGAGGAGCUCAACAGCCUUCAGAAGAUCAUGCUUCAAUAUCAGCACGACCGCGAGCGUGAUCUCCUCAACGUUCGCGCACAGGAGGCUAAAGAUGGUCUACAGAAGAAGCAAUAUGCGCAACGACAAGAGCUGGAGACUAUCACACAUUCGAAAAUUACAGAAAAGGAACUGAAGUGGGAGCGUAGCUAUCAUGCUCGCGUUGUCUUCGAACGAAAAUUAGAGGCGGAGUACAGAAAGGAACUCGAAGAAUACUGGGCUGAGAAAGAAGACGGUGCGCAACAAAUUGAGACCGCGAUGCGCGCAUAUAUGAAGAAGAACGACAAACGGUAUCAUGCGUGGAAGAAAUGGCGCGACGAAGAAAUAGAGAAGUAUCGAUUCACAGUCGAGGAGGAGCAGGCUAUCAGGGAAGAGCUCAUGGACCACAAGAUGCACUGCCUGGAGGAGUCCUUCAAGAUCCAGGUUGCAGAGUUCAAGCUGAAAGAGAAGGCAGAGCUUCUCUGGUUUGAUCUCGUUAUAGACGAGAGGACUCGCAUGAUUAAGGAGCUCGAAGAGGUCGAGAGAGAGGCCGGUGCUGGUGACGAUUUCGACAUCGAGGCCCAUCCAGGACUUCCACUGAAUGGAGAUGAAGCUGGACCAUCACAUACACGCUGGGGGGCUAUACAAGAGCCAAAAAGGAAGGCACCGGCGCCUCCUACAAAGAUUGAGAAAAGCGACAGUGAGAUCACAAAAUCUGGUGGGAAUGAGACCUAA